AGGAUGAUGAGGAGGGGGAGGAGGAAAUCCAGGCCCUGCAGGAGCUGUAUCAGCCAGGCCAGCAUGUGGUGUCCAUCGAGAAGGUCAACAACAUGACCUGGGUGAGUCUCACACUAAUGCCCAAUGAGGCGAACUUUGGCAUCUCAGCAUCGUGCCUGGAGAAGGGUCUGGUGCUGCCCUGUGCUGUGGCCAGCCUGGAGGACAAGGGCUAUGUCAUGGACACAGGCAUUCCCAAGAUCAAGGCAGCGUUCCUCAAGAGGGAGGACACGGAUAAGGCUCACACUUGGGUGUGCAGUGUGUUACGCUGCGUCCUAACAAACAUCUUUGGGAGGGACACCAAAGACAACCUGCGCCUGACCCUCAGUGCCAACCCCAAGGCUCAGCAACCCUGGACCUAAGCCACACCACCAAUUUGGCACUCCUGCUCCUGGGCACUGCCGUCAACACUAC